AUAUCUUUCUUUCUUUUAAACAAACAUAAAGCUUCUUCAUCUUGAAGCCAUCACCAUACCAAACUCAAACAAUUGCUUCUCCUUCACACUUUCUCGGUGUUGCUAUAAUCCAAAUUAUUACGGCGUCGUUUUCAGUUCGUUUGGUUUAUAAUCAUUUUUCACACUCCUAAUUUUCUAACAAAUUCAGUUAUCUUAAUAUAUUCACUGUAACUCCAAUCCAAUGGGGAACUGUUGUGUGAAGUCGGAGAAAUUCACGGCUGAGAUUGUACCUCGAGACGGAGCUAAAGUCUAUCCAACCGUCCGUUUAUACGGUUCACCAAAAAGCAUUCUCGCUGCUUAUAUUCGUUUCGCGCUUCUUCAUAAAUCCGUUUCGUUGGAUUUCGUUCCCUCCGACGAAGCUCCGGCGAACGGUUUUCGGAGAUCGGAAACUGACGGACACGUCACUCUUCAGGUUGGAUCGGAAGUUGUUACCGGCUCACGGGAGACAUUGUUGCGGUUCAUUGACGCGCGGUUUCCGAGUCCGGUAGUUGGCGGUGGUGCGGAGGAGGAAAAGGCGCCGGUGAUGGUGACGGUGAUGAGGCUGCAGCAUAAGAGUAUGUUGUGGCAUGUAGAGAGGGUUUUGAGGUGGGCGGAGGAUCUUGUGACACGUGGAGGGAAGAAGGCCGUUGAUCCGUCUGUUGGAACUCCGAGGAUGGAGAUAAGGAAAUUCGCUACGAGCUAUUCGGCGUUGUUGGAGGUUAUGAUGGAACAUGCUCGAAUGGAAGAAACUGUUCUAUUCCCUUUCUUUGAUAUUGCUGAUAGAGGGCUAACUAAAGCUGCAAAGGAGGAACAUGCUAGGGACUUGCCUCUCAUGAAUGGUAUUAAAGAAAUCAUUAAAUCUGUUGGUGUUUUGGACUCGGGAAGCCCGGAUUCUCGAGAGGCCUUGAACAAUCUUUCUUCUCGCCUCAAGUUAUUGCAAGGGCAAUCUAAACAACAUUUCAAGGAAGAGGAAGUGGAACUACUUCCACUAGUGGAGGCAUUGGAGUUAAGCAAAGAGCAAGAGGAGAAUGCAUUAGAUCAAUGCUUUGAUGUGAUGCUAGAAACACAUGGUCGUUUGCUCAAGUUUUUUCUUGAAGGGCUUCAACCUCGCGAUGCUAUGAAGUACUUGGAUUUGAUUAGCAUGUGUAGGAACAAAGAGAAAAUGGAAUCAAUGCUCAUGAUGAUACUUAAGUGAAAAACCUAACAUGCAAGUUCAAUCAUUAGAUACACAUGGGUGAGCUGUGAAGCUUGCUUUGUCUAUAGAUGUAAAAUGGGUUUUGUUUUUUGGUCUGCUUUUAUGGAGGAAGCACCCAACACUGCACAUGUGUAGACUUUCAUACUUUAGCUCUUGUUGUGGUCUGAUACAUUCUUCUUGAACCACCUACCUAGCUAUGUAGAACCUUAUACCACACUAUACAAAAAAAAAAGUAUGUCGAGUGUUCGAAUUAUUGUCGUGUCUGUAUGAUCUUUCUGGAAGCCUUGAAUACGACCCUUUUAAUUAGGAAAAAAAAGAAGUCAGGAUAGCAUUUGAAAAAGUAGGGCAUUUUCUUUUUCUCUUUUUUUUUUCUUUUUCUUUUCCUCUUGCUAGGUUAGAUAAGGUUGUCAUGACUAUAUUCCUAUGUAAUGUAUAUCCAAGUAUAUGGACCUCAAAUAUAUUCUAUUCAAAAGUACUUCAAAUAUACUAUAGUUUCUUAA